AUGACGUCAUUCGUUGCGACGCCUACGCAACGCGCUUUCGUCGGAAAGCGCAACAAAAUGACGGCAGCUGACGUCCGAAAACAUGUGAUGACUGGUAGUUUGAUGAUGUUACAUCCUGGAACGCUGGAUUUAGCCUUUCCGAACAGCUCAUCCACACAAACACUCAGCUUAGUGGAUGUAGUAGACCCGGUUGAUGUUGAAGAGGCUCUGGCUCAGCGUCGUACAUCUGCCCUCUAUGACAUAUCGUCUACAACGAAUAGUCCUAGAAAGUACGUUUCUCAUCUUUAUAAUGCCAAGAGUCUUUGA